AUGGGCAACGCGCAGGGGAUCGAGAGAAGGAUACACGACGAGGCCGCGCACUACGAGGGCGAUCUCUGCUUCGUCUCCUUUGGCGCGGGCGGCUGCUUCGGCCGACAGCAGCCGGCUACCAGCGGCCGUGUCGAACACAACGACGACGACGACCGAGGCAGCGCCGAGUGGGAGCGCAGUCGCGGCCUUGACGAGCCCAUCAAGGGCAAGAUGGCGCGCAAGCCGCCCUCGGCCACGAAGAUGAAGCGGCCGUGUCUCGUCUCGUGCUCGCUGGGCAAUUGCAUGGCGCCCACGCGGUCCAUUGACGACGACGACGACGACCAAGACGCCCAUCACCGCGGGCGAGAGGCGAGCCAAGGCGAGUCCAUCUUCUCGUGCGGCUUCGCCCGGAUCGGGUGCCUGGGCACCCCGGCGUGGCUCAACCCCGCCCCGUGGCCGCGGCGGCCUGAGGUGGGCAGCGAGGAGCUGCAGAGGCGGGUCGAGGCCGACCUGGCCCACCUCAAGGCUCGCCAGGCGACCCAGCACCGGCACGAGAUGGAGAAGAUCGCGACGACGAAGAAGACGAAGAAGACGAAGAAGGGGGAGAGGGAGAGCGGCGACGUUGAGAUCAGCGGGCCGCACCUGGAGACCUUCCGGCGCACGACCGACCACUUCAUCAGCGCCCACCUGGCCAUGUGCCCCGACCCGCGGGCGCGCGUCAAGCUCGACAGCGGCGAGAACGCGCGGGUCGUCUCGCUCGAGGCUUCGGCCCCUCCGCCGCCCUCGACCGACGGCCCCUGGGAUGACCUCGACAGCGACGAAGCGAGCGACCGCGACCGCGAUGAUGAGGCCCCAUCUCUGCGGGCGCCUCCUCCCGUGCCGGGCGGUGCCGACUCGCGAGGCCGCCCCGCGGCGCCCGUGCCCGAUGCGAAGGAUGGGCUCCCGGCCCCGAGCCACCUGCCGCCGCCGCCGCCCCCUCCCUCGCCCGCUCCCUAA